AUGACUGAAUACGAAGAAGUUGAAUAUGUUGAAUAUGAAGAAGAGGAAGAAAUAAUAGAAGAUGACUCAUCCGAUGAACUUAUACCUAUUAUUUCAGAAAGUGCUUAUGAUCCAGUUAAAUCUGCGUUUGAAAUGGGCCUAAACACAUAUAACGCAUUUAGGCCAUAUAAUGAAGUUAGCUAUAGCGAUAUUACCUCUGUAACAACCAUAAAUUUGUUGACAAAUGUUCUUCCACUUUCAUUACAAAGUAUUCUUUGCCUUAACAACUCUCCUAUUCUUUUAAAAAUCAAGAUCGGAUUAAACAAUUUUGAUUGGCAUCAGCGCCCGCGGUCCUUCGAAGUAGAAAAUCCAAUUUUCGGAAAAAAUUUUGCAGGUAUUGCCUUAGUCAGAGAUUUAAUGGAAAAAUUCUUUUCCCCAAACUUUAAAAUCAAAGAUUGCUACAGAUCAAAGCCAUUUCUUCUCGCUUCCCAAAAACGAUAUGAUAAUUCAAUGGUAAAAGAGAUCACAAACCUUGGUUUCACAGAGAACCAAGCCAAUGCUGCCCUGGAGCAAGUAGAUGGAAACCUAGAAUACGCUAUAAAUUUACUUCGAACAGGAAUCCUUCCCCAAGACAUUUCCACCACUUCUUCCUUAUCAAAUCCAUUAUUAACAUACAGCAGCUGUCCAGUUCUUUACCUCAUCCUUGAAAUUGUAGAUAUAUAUUUAGAUUUAACCGACCAUUGCUGCAUUUGCCGCAAGAAACUUAAAGAACCUACAAUCAAACCCACAAUCUGCGAGGAUGAAACGUGCAGAAACCUUUUCGAAAAAAUCGGAAUCGGAUCUACCGUUUUACAAGAGAUUAAACGUGAUCCAAUUGUUGCAGACCUACUUUUCUCUGUCUUUGCAACAGCAAUCGGCCCUUUCCUUAAUCCUUCUCCUUCGAAAUUUUCUGAAUCUCAAAUGAAAGAGAUUUUUAAGAAAAUUCCGGACGUUUAUACAUUAGGCAGAUUCGAUACAGAUGCGGAUCUUUGCAGAUCCAUUGGAGUUGACGCUUACAAUCUCAUCAGAUGGAUUUUAUUAACAAAUAAGAGCCACUUUUUGGCUUUACCCGAAGGAUUAAGGAUCAGAGAGAUAAAUGCUCAAUUCCAAUUCUUAACUCUCAUUUCAAGUACCGAAAGAGAAGAAGAAUUCAAAAAAUUGAAGGACCAAUAUGGCAGUUUUUACCUUUGGCAUGGUUCAGCAGCGGAUAGAUGGUACUCUAUUCUCAGGAAUGGCCUCAAGAACCUCUCCAAGUCAAAUAUAAUGGCAAAUGGAGCUGCAUACGGCGAAGGCAUUUAUUUUGCCAGACAAAUAGAAACAUCCCUUAGAUACAUGAGGGGAUCGAGUAAUGGAUACACGUUUUCAUCUCUUGACCGCCAAUUUAACAUGAUUGCUUUAUGCGAAGUUAUUAAAGACUUCAGCAACCUCAAGGAACAUGAUAACUUUUGCCAUACACUUAAGAAUGAAAAGGAAUGCAUUGUAAGGUUCUUGUUCAUUAACGUUAGGACAAAUUCUUAUGAUUCUUUGAGUCAAGACUUCAAACAAAUUCCAACACUCUCAGACGUCUUGAACUACUAUGCAGAUGAGGCAAAGAAGAACGUCGAAGCUGCAAAGAAACAAAAAGAGGUAAUGGAACAUGAAAAAGAGAAAAGUUAUGAUUUUUAA